GUUUUCUGUCCCUGAGAGAGAGAGAGAGAGAGAGAGAGGAGAGAGAGAGAAGACCAGAGAAAAAGAAAAGAGAAACCAGUCGCCAUGGAACGUCAUCAACAUCUACUCUGAAAACUGCCUCACCUUCAGAAGCCCAUACAAAAUUUCAACCAAAAAAAAAAACAAAAAAACAAAAAAAAAACAAAUUUUGAUAUAAAGAGGAAGAAAAAGAAAAUUUCGAAUUUCAAGAUUUGAUUUUCGGAUUGGCAAUUUUCUGUGAGAGGAGAGGAGAGGAGAGGGUUCGAUUGUUUUUGUUUGUAAAUGCAUCAGAAGGAAGUUGAAGUUGUGAUCACGAAGGGCAUUCCUGACAUUUCACCAGCCAGCACCACCCCUCGCCACCCACGGCCACCAUCAAUAUCUGGGUUAACUCAUCCCAGACCCGAUCUUGAAAUCGAGAUUCCAUCUUGUUCAGAUUCUGGAACCCAUCAUCAAAUUCACUUCAAGAAUGAGCCUAUUUGUCCCCCAAUUCAAUCUCCCACUCAAACCCUUGUCUCCACGCCUCACAAAAGGUCUGUAAUGGCUCAAAGCUUGAGUCUUUCUCACUCUCCAACACUCUCCUCUCUCCACCACCACCAACACCAUAGCCCUUUCAGACCCACGGUCUUGAAGUCUGGCCCACCUUCCAACCCUCCGUCUUUCCUUUGUUCUUGCUCACUCCCAGUGCUUUUAGCUACCAAGAGAAUCACCCUCAGGCUUCUCCAUCACUCUUGCCAAGCCUCAUGGCUUAGAGUCCAUAUGAAGCUUUUUAUACUCCUAUCUCUGCCUACUUUUUAUCUGCUCACCACAACUUAUUUUCGCUCUUUUGUUAUUUACUUUGUUUGUGUUGUGUCUGUUUUUCUUGUUGUCAUUGCACUCAGCCUAGCUGUCCCUUUUCUCCCUUCAAUCCGGUUGUUUUUGGCUAGGAUUAGGCUCUGUUCAUUGCCCACUGCAUCAAAGCCUCAUCAUCCUGUUGUUUGGUCAAUAGGGUCAAAGCCUAAAUUCGAAAAGAAGCCGAGUUCGGGUUGUUGGGUGCAGGUGUAUAGCAAUGGGGAUGUGUAUGAGGGUGAAUUCCACAAGGGGAAGUGUUCUGGGAGUGGGGUUUAUUACUAUCAUUUGACUGGCAGGUAUGAAGGGGAUUGGGUUGAUGGGAAGUAUGAUGGGUAUGGUGUUGAAACAUGGGCGAAAGGGAGUCGAUAUCGGGGGCAGUACAGACAGGGAUUGCGGCAUGGAGUUGGGUUGUAUAGGUCUUACACAGGGGAUGUGUAUGCUGGGGAGUGGCUUAACGGGCAGUGCCAGGGAUGUGGAGUUCAUACUUGCGAGGAUGGAAGCAGUUAUGUGGGGGAAUUCAAGUGGGGCGUCAAGCAUGGUCUUGGCUGUUACCAGUUCAGGAACGGAGAUACAUAUGCCGGAGAAUAUUUUGCAGACAAGAUGCACGGUUUUGGGGUCUACAAGUUUGGAAAUGGACAUCGGUACGAGGGAGCCUGGCAUGAGGGACGAAGGCAAGGUUUUGGCACUUAUACUUUCAGAAACGGGGAAACUCAGUCUGGUCACUGGCAAAAUGGGGUUCUUAAUGUUUCGAGUGCUCCUGGAACCCGUACUGGAUCUUCUGCAACAGAUGACCAUUCCAAAGUGUUGAAUGCUGUUCAGGAAGCGAUUCGAGCUGCUGAGAAAGCUAAUGACGUGGUUAAGGUAGACGAGAGAGUAAAAAGGGCGGUGGCGACCGCUAAUAAAGCAGCAACAGCGGCAAGAGUAACGGCUGUGAAGGCAGUUCAAAACCAGAUGCAUCACGACAAUAACCAUUUCAACGUGCCAGUACCUAUCGUCUGAACCUACAAAGCUGGCUGAACGACAAAACUUUUUCAUAUAAUUUCCUUUGAUCGUCAUUCCGAGGUAAUUUCUUGUUCUACCUUUUAGAAAGUGAAUACGAGGUAUCUGCUUGGAACCACAUCAAGCGUUUGCUGAUCGAGGAGCAAGCUUAGAUUCCUCUUCCCAUUUACGGGCGCUACUAAAAUAUGUAUAUACCGUGGCUCGGGCUCUUUGAGCAGAGAAAAAGCACUCAAGUGCUUGAGCUUUAGCGUAGGACUUCGGGCUGAAGAAGAUGUAAGUAAUUUAGUGUAUUUUCAUGUUUUUGCCAUAGGGAAAUGGCAAAGUUUAGGAUUUCAAUAGUAUGUAUAACAUAGGGAAGGUUUGUAUAUUAACUGUAUGGCUUGUUGUAAUGAAAUGAAUAUGGCUUGUUCUAACACUGAAAUAUUAUAUAUGCUAUGUGGCAUUAUAUUGUGGGAAA